AUGGAAUGGCAUAAUGUAUUAGAAGCGGUCAUGUGCAAUUUAACAAAAACACAAUCUUUAAAAGAGGAAUUCAAACGUGAAGAUGAAUUAAUGUCUCAUUUAUGGAGUAAUCAAAGCACAAGGAGACUUAUGUCCCUAUGGUUAAUGCAGUGUCACAAUAAAAGGGAAUCAAAAUCUACAGCAAAAGCACAAACAUUUAAAAUAAUGGGAAACAAACAAUUUCAGUCUAAAAACUAUUGUGAGAGUAUACAAUCAUACACAAAAAGUGCAUUGUAUGCUCCAGCAAACAGUUGUGAAUUGUCAAUAGCAAUUGCUAAUAGAUCUGCAGCUUUAUUUUAUUUAGAUAGGCACAGUGAUUGUAUAAAAGAUACUGAAUUAGCACUUAAGUUCAAUUAUCCCAAGGAAUUGCGUUAUAAGCUACACUUCCGUGCAUUGCAAUGUUACUUGAAAUUGGGUAAACCAGACCUUGCUAGGGAAAUGCUUUCCAAAAUAUGCACAUUAAUUAAUAAUCCUGAUUAUGUUGCACCUUCUAUGAAAGGUGAUAUUGAAAAACGAAUUUCUGAAAUAACAUUCAACAAAUCAUGUAUAAAAAAUGAAACAAAAAGUAUUGAUAGUUUGUUAGAAUUAAAAUCCAAACUUAUGUUCGAUGAAAAUCCAGAUUUUCCAUGUGCAUCAACUGGCAUUGUUAGAAAAUAUAAUGAAGAAUUAGGUAGACACGUAAUUGCAAAUAGAUUUAUAAAAAAAGGCGAAAUCCUGUUUUUAGAAAAGCCGGUAAGCUUUGUAUUAUUGAAUCAUAAUACAGUAGAUCAUCUUUGUCAACACUGCAAUUGUUCAAACACAGAUAUUCCCCUGCCAUGUACAGGGUGCUUGAAUACUUUUUAUUGUACUGCAAAUUGUUCAAAUGAAGCAUGGUCUUCAUAUCAUUGUUGGGAGUGUCCUGGAAACCAAAUGGAUUUAUGGAAAGAAAUUGGAAUUGGUCAUUUAGCACUAAAAGUUUUUUUGACCUGUACAACUACAAUGGAUAGAAUUAAAUUUAAUGAAAUGCAAAACUUAGUAACCAAUUUUAAUAAGUUGUCCAUGGAUGAUUUGACAGUAUAUGGCAUUACAGCUAUCAUGCUUACUGUAUAUUUAUUGGAGUAUACUAACUUUUUUGAAAAAUCUGAUCUUAAUGAUUGCCUUGCAAGAAAGUUUUGUGAUAACACUUUUAACUCCAAUUUUAAUAUUGUAACAGAUGAUGAUAAACAGCUUUAUGUAAGUUCUUUACUUUUACGAUAUAUUCUACAACUUAUUUGUAAUGGACAUGCUGUUUCAAAAUCAGACACAUUGUUAAGUAAAAGUGAUUCUUCUGUGGAUCAACAAGACAUUGUGGCCACUGGGAUUUAUCCAUCUGCAAGUAUGAUGAAUCAUUCUUGUGAUCCAAACAUAAUUAACAUAUUUAUGGAUCAGUAUCUGAUUGUUAGAGCUUCAAAAGAUAUUGCCACAGAUGAAGAAGUCUUCAAUUGUUAUGGCCCUCAUUAUAGACAUAUGUCAAGAGAACAAAGACAGAAAGUUUUGAUGAGUCAAUAUUGUUUUAUUUGUAGAUGUGAACCUUGUAUUCAACCAAAUUUACAACAUUUUUUGAAGAGGUUUAACGCCAUGAGUUGCUUAAAAUGUAAUGGUGCAUUGUGUAACAUUAGCAAUACUUUAUGUUGUUUAGACUGUGGUGACCAACCCAGAAAUUGUCAGAUGAAUAAAAUAAAACAAGCAGAAACACUUUUUCAGACAGCCCAAACUUGCAUUGAUCUGGGAAAAAUGGAAGAAGCUUUAAAUAAAUUAAAGAAAUGUUUACAUAUUAGAAAGGCAAUAUUGUAUAAAUAUAAUGAAGAUAUUACAUUUACUUUGAAUCUCAUGGAAGAAAUCUAUACUGCUAGGGGUCGAUUCGUGGACAGCAUAGAAUGUAUAGAAAGUAUAAUUGAUGCAGUUACAGAAAAAUUUGGAUAUUCUAGUACAGAGUUUUUGAAUGUAUUAAAUAAACUCACAGAUCUAUGUGCUAAGUAUCUACAAAACGAAUCAAAUACUACCACAGACACUUACAAAACUAUAUUAAGAAAAACAUAUAAAUAUCUGGACCAAGUAGAAGAGCUUGUAGAUUUUAAUUAUGGAUCAUGGAGCAAAGUUUGUGAAAAUAUAAAAAAGAAACAUCAUAAAAUUGCUUCCAUUACUUAA